AACCUGGCUGCUGUACCUGCCGUGCACUUGGAGCAUUGGUUUGGCUGCCGAACCAGGUUGUUUUCCAGAUUGGUACAUGCUGUCCCUCUUUGGCACCGGAGCCAUUCUGAUGCGUGGAGCAGGCUGUACUAUUAAUGACAUGUGGGACCAGAACUACGAUAAAAAGGUUACAAGAACAGCAAAUCGCCCGAUAGCUGCUGGAGACAUUUCAACUCUUCAGUCCUUUGUUUUUCUUGGAGGACAACUGACCUUGGCACUGGGUGUUCUUCUGUGUCUGAAUUAUUACAGUAUAACUCUGGGAGCAGCAUCCUUACUACUUGUGGUCACCUACCCACUAAUGAAAAGAAUUACAUACUGGCCUCAAUUAGUCCUGGGGUUGACAUUUAACUGGGGUGCAUUACUUGGCUGGUCUGCCGUCAAGGGUUCCUGUGAGCCAUCCAUUUGCCUGCCUCUUUAUUUUUCUGGAGUCAUGUGGACACUCAUUUAUGAUACUAUUUAUGCCCAUCAGGACAAAAGAGAUGAUGCUCUGAUCGGCCUGAAGUCCACGGCACUGCGGUUCGGGGAGGAUACCAAGCUCUGGCUCAGGGGCUUUGGCCUAGCGAUGCUAGGGGCACUGGGCAUGGUGGGCGUGAACAGCAGCCAAACCAUCCCCUACUAUGUGGCAUUGGUCGUCGUGGGCGCCCACCUGGCUCACCAGAUUUAUACUCUAGACAUCCACAGACCUGAGGAUUGUUGGGAUAAAUUUACCUCCAAUCAAACUCUAGGACUAAUCAUUUUUUUAGGGAUUGUCCUUGGGAACUUGUGGAAAGAAAAGAAGACAGAGAAAACAGAACAGAGAAGUAUAGAGAAUAGAAUAGGAAAUUUGUGAAUAAAGUUUAUAUAGGAAUUAUUAAAACAAAUUUUUACAAAACAUAAUUAAACUUGAAUACAAAAUCUGUUGCAAUAUGUUAAAUAAUUCAGAACUUGAAGAUGAAAAUUGAAAGCCUGUUUGCCUGGAUUUUAAUUCAACUAUUUGCGGCCGGGCUCGGUGGCUCAGCCUGUAAUCCCAGCACUUUGGGAGGCCGA